AUGUUCUCAGCCAUCGCCAGAAUCCUUCUGUUGGCCUGCGCCCUUCUCGGCCUCGCCACGGCCCAACUCGGUCUUGGUCUCAACACGAACGUCGGCCUCGGCGGACAGCCUGGAUACGGUGGCUAUAACGGCGGUUACGGUGGCGGCUACGGUGUCAACGGAGGCGCCAACGUUGGAGGUGAGACCUCUUUUUGAAUUUUGUUGCGAAGCUUUUUAACUUCUGUUAAAUAAUUGAGAUGAUUCGAACUUUUUCAGCGCAACCGGGACUUGUUGGCGGACUUCUCGGCUAA